AUGGAUGAUUCAACCGAUUCAGAUAAAUUUUAUACUCUAAUUCAGAGGUCUCCUGUUUUGGAAUCUCUUAAAGAUACUCUGGAUCAAAUGGUUGAAGGUUUCUAUAUCCGAAAGGACACCUCCGAUAAAAUAUUAAAGGAAGCUUCCAAACAAUUUGUGAUGGUAUUGAACAACAACAAAUCUCUGCUGCCAAAGUGCUACGUAUUUGGUCAAUUGGCUCAAUACAGCUAUUUUAAUAAAUCUUGGGUUUUCAACAUAAAGAAUCCAGUGAUGUUUCAGUACUUGGACCCUGAUAAUAUCAAUGAUCCUUUCGACAUCGACGUAGUGGAUGACUACACACCACGGGCAAGGUCCAGUCUCACAAAGGACCUUCCCAAACAUUUAAAUUCAAUGAAUUCAGAAAGAUACUGCCUAAACGGCUAUUUAAAAAUAAUCGGAACUGAGGAUAUUUAG